UGUUUUGUAUUAACUGACAUCAUGAAUUCAUUCAACUACCAAACUUUGUCGUUUAACAACGCGGACUACAGCUACGGUUCAAAUGGAUCUAUGCAGCAGAGUACAUCAUAUUUGCCCCAAAGCGUUUCCAAGACUUGUGACUAUAACUGCAUUUGUUGUGCCCGUUUUCACGUUGGAAACCCUUGCCCUUGUAAUACACCGAAGACAUCCAUUGGGACCCAAACAGACCUGGAAGUUCCCCAGGGACUUGAUUCUGAGCGUUUUUGGAAACGUGGAACUUAUGAGCAUAGCAUUUUACAGAAAUCCGUACAUGAUGUUGUUCAGAAGUACCACCUCAGUGGGAAAGCAGAUGCUAGUUGGGAGCAAGCAACGAGUGAGAUCAUGAUUUCAUUUACAAAGGACAUGCCACAGACAUCAACAAACCGGCAGAAAAUUCAACAACGCAUGAAGAAAGCGAUUUAUUGGCUUAAAUUCUAUGGGAAGAAAAAAACUCAAGCCAUGAAGGAUGGGCAGAAGUCGGUUUUUCGAUUCUUGUGCAAGUCUAGGAAAGAGAAGUCUCAGACCACACCAGCUGCAACCAGCACAUUGUUUAAAGAUGCCCAUGAUAUAGGAGCAGACAAUCGUGGAGAUGACACAUUAGAGGAGCUGAUGUCCACACCUCCCUCUGAAGAUGAUGACAGCUCCGACAGUGAUGUCCCAUUGUCUACGUACAUCAGGAAAGGAAAGACAAAGAAAGGACAGUAAAGAUCACAGACAUUAUAUAUGUGUGAUGAUAUUCCAGUGACCCCAUGAUUGUGCGCAAAAGACUGAUUCACUUAACUACAAGCCUGUAUCAUGUCUAUUUACUAAGUUCUUGUAUGGGCCUAUGUGUAUUUAAAUGUAUAAUUUGGCAUGUUUACAAAUAAAAUGAAAUAAAAUCAUAUGGAAAUUAAUGUAUCAUUUUAGUUGAAAUAAAGUCACCAUUCUCUAAACUUAAAUGGUAGAGAUUAUAAAGAUGUUGACAGGUAUAAUUUGCCUAGGAAUAAAUAAACUUCUGUUUCACUCAUGGUUGAGGAAAUUCGAGAGUUCUAACGUUAAGAGUCUCGAAUUUCCUCAGCGUUGAGUGAACACCAGUUCCACGCAUACACGUGAGAUACAUCAAAAUUAAUGUAAAA